GUUCUUCAAGUUUAUGUUGUUACUAUGUAUUAACUAUCUUUCUCUUUGAUGCUAUUGACCUUAUUAAGUAAGCGAAGUUGUUAACCACUUAGUCUUAGACUUACAACUACCUGUCUCAUCUACAAAGUUCUAGAAGCUCGAGAAGAAGAUCAACACAAUGCCCCCUCCAUCGCGCCAUCGCAGUCGUCAGCGAAGUCGAAGCAGAGGACGUGGACGUGGAGGGCAUGGAGGAGGAGCCUCCAGUGGCAAGCGUCGCACUCGUGGUGGGAGACGUGAAAGAGAAGUAUGACAGUGAAGAGAGUACUAGAGUAGAAAUAUUGCUUGAAGAGAGUACUAGUAUCAAUAGAGUCAGAAGAGAGUACUAGUAUCAAUAUUAGAGUCAGAAUAGAGUUGUACUAGUAUCAAUAGAGUCAGAAUAGUACAUCAUAGAAAUUAUAGUAUGUGUCGGCAAAGAAUACGAAUAUUAGAACAUUGAUUUACUACAUGCAGCUGAAAAGUGGAAUUAUUAAUAUUAUUUUCCCUGGCAGAGUGAUCUAUUCUUGUGGAAAACGUGGCAGAGUGAUCCAUCUAUUGUGGAAUGAAACGCAUCUGCUUCUAAGAAAAAAGCGGGAAAAAGCGGAAAGAAAUAGACGUGACCGUGAGCGCAGUCCACAGGGUCCCCCGAGGAGAAAUGGACCGUUACGCAUCAAGCCUAGGACUGGCCAAACUCAGUCGGGCGGAACAGGAACAGCAGAAGCUAAAAAUGGGAAGACGGACAUUAUGAAGCUAAAAAUGGGAACAAGAGUUCUUUAUUUCAAUUUGAAUUUCAUCUUUCUGCAUGAUCAUGAUCUAGUACGUGUGUGCAUCUUCGAGAGAAUGCGCACCAGAUCAACCACCUCGAAGGAAUGAUAUAUACCUCUAAGAAAACCAAGACCUCCAAGUCCGACGAUGCAGCAGCAGAGCCAGAAGAUCUUAGAAAAAAAGGAAAGGCGGAGGCAAAUGGUGUUUCGGGAGACACUGGCGGGGUCUCGUCUUCGUCGUCGAAACAUUAAGGCCUUGAAGAUGUCGUUGUCGUUUGUCGUGAUUGAGAUGUUAAUGUUCGCCUUUGCACUAGAUGAUUGUAGUCCUCUUUAUUUCUAAUGCAAGCACUAGAACUAGAUGUAGUCCUCUUUUCUAAGGCAAAGCAGCAGAGCUUCAGCCCGAAGGCCCACAGCCGUCCUCAGGCAGGAAAAAACGUUGUGGGGAGGGAGGCUUUCAAGACGAGGAUGACGACGUCAUCUUCUCAGAGUUGUCGGAGUCGGCGUCUCACUCACAAGAUGAGCGGGAUCAUGAUGACCAUGACAGGUCCCCUUCCUCAGGAGAACAAGGUGGACCUUGUUCACAUGAGAAAGAUGAAAAGUUGGAGAGGAAGAACAAGAAGAGCUUUAUCGUGGAAGAAAAUCAAUUAUAUCAAGAACAACGACCCCUAGAACUGCAUGGGGACGAUAUUAACAAGAUACAAGUACUAGAACCUCGACCUCCUUCGCCCAAGAAUGGCGUCACCGGGACGAGUGGUGGGAUCGAGAAGCAGAAGGGAGACGAGAAGAUACCAGCAACAAAAGAGCAAGCAUCUACUACUUCAAACGAAUCUAAGAAGAAGCCAGUAGAGCAAGACCUCCACAUGGAGGAUAGAGACGAUGUCGUUUCCAAUGGCUCAUCAUCGUCCAUGUCAAUACCAUUGAGAAAUGCUGUGGGGCCUAGAAAUUACAAGAACAAAAAGGACCACGAGGACACCAGUACUACCAAAGCAGCGGGGGCCACGGGGGCAUCUUCUACUUCAACUACAUCAAAACGUCCAGUUGUGAAGAUGAAUGGGAAUACAGAUGAUCAUCAAAAAGCGGACGAGAAGGAAGAGGACAGUAAAACUAAAAAGAAUGCAACAAAAGACAAAGAAUCUGCGUCUGCUUCACCUGCGUCUCCGCUUGUCAAAGUAAGACGAACUGUUACACUGAGGUCGCGGAAAGAGAUUGAGGUUGAACAAAAUAAACAACAACAGGAGCUGGAGCAACAGGAGCAGAAGUCGAAGCGCAACAAGAAGAAAGAUUUAAAUUAUAUGGCCUCGUCUAAGAACGGGAAAAACAAGGCCUCUGAGAACGGGAAAGACAGCCCUGCGCGACCUGACAAGAAGCUAUCCUUGGUAACAAGGGCCGCUGCGCAGCUACAACUAGCAGAGUCACCUGCUGCUCGAGCGUCGCUUACGCUUGAUUCCUCUCACCAGAACAAGGGGAAACUAGAUUCAGGCAAAAAGGAAAAGACGUUGAUCAUCCUGAAAAGUAAGAGUAGAAGUCCUGACCGAGGAGAGGAUAAAGUGGCUCUUACAGGAGCCGCGGACGCUCGACCUACUGGACCAACUGGACCAGAGAACAAUGCUGUUGCUGCAUCUUCAUCUUCUGGUGGAAAUAAGAAUCACAAACAGGAGAGGACCUUUGUUAGUAAGGAGAAGCACAAGUUUGAAGAUGCAGCUGCGGACAAGCGUGACGUCGCACUUGAGAAAGACAGCAAGAAAGAUCAUGAGCAAGACGGUAAAAAAGACGCACCACAUCAAGCGGAGACAAACAGCAAGGUGACGACGACUACAUCUGUUGGAGAGAAUCCUUUUGAUGCUCGAGAUCCUGAUGACGAACAAUGCUUAGCUGCUAAGGGUAAGAAGAUGAGUAAAGCUGAAAGGAAGCUGAAAACGAAAGAAAAGAAGAGAAAAGCUUCCUCUAAAAACAAGAAGGACCACGUGAACCUUCGAGCUAACGCCAGGGCUAAAACGAGGAAGAGAAGAAGACGUCGAUCUCCAUCAACUUCCCUCAGUAGUGAUCGUAGCUCUUCUGGUGCAUCUUCUUAAGGCUUCGGGUAAUCCAUCUCCAGAAGCAUCUUGGGACCAUCCUGUAAGGGAAAAGCAAACCCAGGAUGCCACUCAAGAUGGAUUCCAGGAAGCUCUAAUCUUCAGUCAGUUCACGUCAGUCUUCAAGAAACGGGAGUCUGCGAUCCGCGUCCUCUUCCAUGGAAGAUCGGGAUGUUGAACAAGAUACUGACUCUUCUGGCGAUCGUAGCUCGUCCGAGAGGUCACGGGGGCGUCGUGAGCGACUACGUCAGCGUAAGAGGCAGGACAAGAAAGCCACUAGUACUGUGACUACCACUAAUAGUUGUAAUACUGCCAAAAUGGGCAUCAAAAAGCUGCAUGACCAGGUCGUAGAUCAGAAUAGGAAGAAAAAGACUGGUGCACCUGAGAUCCACGUGAGUUCCGAGAGUCCUUCUGAUAUUUCUCCACCGAACAAGAAGAAGGGCAGGACCAACAACGGGAAAGACGUCGAGAAGAAGGGAAGAAAGCACCCGAAGGGCCUCUCGUCGAGCGAUGACUCCGAUUCUUCCUCACGACCUCUUGUGAUUCCAUCGAAGAGGAAAAGGGAGGCUGGCGCAACUGCAACUACCAAAAAUGCUACUAGUUGUAAGGGUAAAGAGAAAGUCGUGGACGUCGUGGCAGCUGCUAGAAGUAGUACAAGAACUACAAACGCAAAAAUAGGCAAACUGAAUUUGGAUAAGAAGAAGAAGCGGCCUGCAGAUCGCGACGAUGACGAUCAUUCAUCUUCGUCCUCUCGCUCUUCCUCUCCUCUCCGCAUCCCUCCAUCACGAUACGGCGAAGCUCCUAAGGUAGCGGACUACAAGAAAAUGAACCAAGAAGGAGAUAAGCCUGCAGACAAGAACAAGGGUGUCAAUCAACCUGCAGGAGCUCUUCCUGCUAGCACUGCAAGUGCAACUAGCAGUAACAUCGCGACAUCAAACGGCGUCAUCCAAAAACCACAAGGGAGCGAAAGUGACCUACCCGCUCCUGAAGACAACAGCAAGGACAAAGAAGUACGUCAUUUUGAAGUGGAAGAACCAGAAAAAGUACGUCUCUUUGAACUUGAAGAAGUUGACAAGCACAAGAAAGACAACAAGGACUCUAGCUCUACUGAAUCUAGAUGUAAAAAACCACAAGUUGAAGUUCCUCCUCAAGGUCAAGGGCAACAAGGUCAACCGCCGCAAGUAGCCACACUCUCAGGAGUUUCAUCAGUCGCUAUAGACCCGGACCUUCCCGACCUGAAAGAUGACCCUAGGCCGGAACAUCGCAGACAAAAUAACAUGUUCAAGAAAGGCCGAAAUACGGAAUCUUUUGACCCGAAAAGCACCAUCGUUAGGCCAGAUCUGCGAGUUCUCAUCGGCAAUCGUGGAGACCAGUUGAAAAAGACGCUGAAGCAUGACGAUGUCGUGAUUGUCCCAGAGUUCUUCUGUGAAGAGGAUGACUGGUCCCUUUACUACAAACUGGUAGAGGAAAUGAGGGAGAUCCAGGCGAAAGGGACUAUCAGAGACGCUGUUAAGGCCAGCUUUUAGACAACAUUUAGUGUCCAUCUUUCUCGGCAUCUUCUUGCUUGGUACCCUUUUCCCUUGUAUUGUUGUCAUGAAAUACAAGGUACAAGGGGUCAAGAUGAGGGGGCCGAGAUGCAAUCGAGCAGACUCUAACGCUGAGUGGAUCUCUUGGCAUGAGGGGACGCAUUUGAUCUCGAAAAACCCUGAAUUGAGUCCAACCUAUCAAAAAGUGGUGGAGAAGAUUUGCACCUACUUCGGGAUCAAGAACAAAGCUAAAAUUGGGACGAGAUUUAAUUGGUACUAGACUGUUGGUUGUUCAUAGGUUUUCAUUUUGUGACUAGAAGCUAGGGACCACAAGCGUUCUUUCACCUUCACGUUGCUACUAAGUAGAACUGCUUCGUCAACAACUCAUCAUGAAGUACAACGUGAUCACACGGUUCUACUCGAACCCACUUCGUCCUAGCAGGUGCGGCUUAGCCGCGAAGCAGUGGACCCUCAACCUUAUAGCGACUGUUGUACGUGAUCACGACUUGCUUUUCAGGUACAAAGACUCGCGUGACUGGAAGCCCUUCCACCAUGACAGUGCAGCGUUCAAUCCACAUCGAGCCCAAAAUCAGAACAUCACCGUCGGCGCCAGCUUCGGGAGAGAAAGGGAAUUGAGUCUUUUGCGAGCAGUUAAUCAUACAGCUUCCACUGCUCCCUCGACUGGUGGAGGAGGCCAAGAACUACCUGUAAAAGCCUACUUCCCCCAAUCGAACGGCAUGAUGUUUUCGUUCGGGCGUGACGCCAACAUCAACUGGAAACACGGAAUCAACGCACUCCCGGAUGAGGAACAAGACGGGAAGGGGAGGAUAUCGAUUAUCGUGUGGGGAAACUCCCAGCUGCCAAGGGAGGAGGCGGACUCACCGGAAUUGUUGAUUAUGGUUCCGUCUCCGUGAUAAGUACUUAUCAUGUGUGUUGUGCCGCAUGUUGUACUUCCUUGUAGUCCUGCUGCUGCCUCUGAUUUUUUCAGGUUUGAUCAUAGUAGUCACUCACACCAAAGGGAACACCAAGGCGGGCAAAGCAAUCGAACACAGCAGAGGGGUCUGGGGGGAAUGUAUCCUAUCACUACUUCUCAUGUGUGUUUCCUAUCACUACUGCGCAAAUCGAAGACCACUGUGUGCAUUUUUCUCUAACGGACCCAACGACGCCAGACACGGAUUCGAUAACUCGCGAAACAACCAAAAAGGCGGCUCAUCAUCCACUCACAACCAUAACUUGCGGAACAACCCUAAUCGAAGUGGUGGGCUUCUACGUGGUUUCAACAGAAAUGAUCGCGAUGACAGUCGACAACGAGGAGACGGACGGUUUAGGGAACAGGCCUCUUCUUACGUGUGCAGAGACUGGAAGCGUGGCCGCUGUACGCGGGACAAGGACUGUAAGUUUAAACAUGCUCAUGAUUGA